AUGCUACCGGGAGGGUUUUGGCCUCCUGAGUACGAAUCCGGAGUCAGAAUUGCUCCUACACACUUCAGUCUUCGUAAAAAACUUCAGAAAUCUGAAAAAACUACUACGUCCAGGUCGUUAUUCCUGGGUAGUGCUAAAAACAAGUUCGCAGAGAGCAAGCCUGUGCCGUUUCUGUGUCCUGUGUCCCGCACGGUCUUUUUCUGUUGUUCAUUUGGGUCCCAAGAAUGGUUCAGAUACGUGCAGAAUUCAACGGAAUCGAAGAUGCGAUUCUUAAAUAGGCAUUGUGCCCCCCGUCAGCUUCACAAUAUGACAGCUACGCAAGCAACUUUCCUUUUUUGCAGUCUAUUGCAGGCCAUUUUUGCAGAAGGUCAAAUACCCAAGCCGGAACCGCAGUUCCUGGCCCUCCUGGAGAACCACAAGGUCACGCAAGGUCGGGACGUCAGCUUCACAUGCGGCGUUAAGCAUCUGGGCACCUACAAGGUCGCCUGGAUAAAGUCCGACACGAAAGCCAUUCUGGCAAUACAUACUCAUCUGGUUGCUCAGAAUCCCCGUCUCUCUGUAACACACAAUGGACACGACACGUGGAAACUACACGUAUCUAACGUACAAAAGAACGAUUCGGGCACAUAUAUGUGUCAGAUAAACACCGACCCUAUGCGGAGUCAGAUGGGCCAUUUGGAAGUAGUUAUUUCGCCCGACAUAUUGCCAGACAACGAGUCCUCAGAAGGCAUGGCAGUCGAGGGGGGCACAAUCCGGCUCAAGUGUAAAGCCACUGGAGUGCCGGAGCCGACAGUACUUUGGAGGAGAGAGGAUGGUAAUAAUAUCAUCUUGAGGCCCGAUGGCGGCAGGGAGCGGCAAGUGCUGCGAUCCUUCGAUGGAGAAGUGCUGACGUUAAUGAAUGUUCAGCGUACUGAUAUGGGUGCCUAUUUAUGCAUAGCGAGUAACGGAGUGCCCCCAUCUGUUAGUAAACGUUUUAACGUUAUAGUUCAUUUUCACCCAUUGAUUAGGGUAUCAAAUCAGCUGGUGGCCGCCCCGAUAGCCAGUGACGUACACGUACAGUGUUACGUGGAGGCUUCUCCGAAAGCCAUGAACCAUUGGAUGCGGAACACCGGCGAGAAGCUGAUCCCGAGCGAUAAGUACAUCAUGGAGGAGUCUGUCAUAAACGAGUAUUCCCUGCAAAUGAAUCUGACAAUACUGAGUUUGGACAAGAGGGAUUUCGGGGGCUACACCUGCACGUCCGUCAACGCACUCGGCAAAGCCGAGGGAGUAGUUAGAUUACAAGAACGGAUAGUAAAGUCGACGAGUACUGCCAGUACGCCGAAAUAUAUCGAGACGAAACCACGCAAACCCGCACACAAAGACAAAUCGAAAAAAUGGAAACAGUCACGGAAAAAAGAGAACAGCGACAGUAAAAACGAGGACGAACAGGAAAUGUCGACGCUUUUCUUGCCCGAACUAGGCACUGUGUCACCUUCCAUAACCUCGGUGGUCACCACCAGUCGCUCGCCCUCCGUCUGGCUGCAGCACAACAACGGAAACGACGCGACUAGAGGAAGCACUCGUUACGUCAUCAUAGCAUUGUUUGUUUUAAAGAUGUGUAACUUACGUUAUCACCUUGUUUAA